UUAUUCCAUCUGUGCCUGUGAGGUCAGCAGCAUCCGGGACCUCGUCUGCCUCGACAUUUCUAUUUUUGCGUCAGUUGGGAAUUUUGUGUGCUUUACUUUGUUGUGUCUUUUAGUGAUGGUUCGUGUGUAGUCCCUGUAACCUGCACGAGGUUUCUGUACAGUGUAUAUAGCCGACCUAAAGCCCUCCCUGUAAAUACAAACAGCAUUCACGCGUCAGACAUUUAUUUCAACACGGAGCGAAGACCGUUGCCUGCGGACAGAGCUACGACUGCAAGCUUCUUUACGGCGCUGCGAGGACAUGGCCAUGGUUCAGCGUGACGGCAGCGGCGAAGAAGCUUUGAACAACGGUGACGGCAAGGAAGAGGUGGCAGAGGAGGAGGAAAAUUGCGUGGAAGCUGUGGUGGAAUGUGCUGCGACAACUGCGGCAUCUGGAGUGACGGAGGAAGGCGACAGCAACAGCAGUAGCACUUCUGGGGAUAGCAAGACCGGAACGGCCGAGGAAGUCUCUGCAGAACCAGACGAAAAUGGUGCUGUCAAGGAGGCAGGCCCACCACGGCACCAGUACUCCAAGGCAGAGCUGCUCAAGUUACGAAAUGGUGACCACAAGCGUCCUGCCUGCUUGGAUCCAGCCUAUAACAACCUGUCCGGCAUGUGGGACCCCGAGCGGUGGUUUUCAGGCAAGCGGCGAGGCGGGUCUGUGUCCCCCGCCGAGGAGACUGCCGCGCCCUCAGCGGGCAGCACUGCUCCCCCCUCUUCGUCGUCAUCGGCGGGAGGAGGGCAGCAGCGCAGCAAGCGGGAGCGGCUGGACUCUGAAGGAGGGGGGGGAGAGCCCACUGGCAGCCUUGGGGGUCCCAAGCGCCGCAGCAGCACAGACCCCAAGGAGCGGCUGGCACGGGAGGAGCGCGAUGACCUGGUGCUGAGCCCCCAGCGGCGCAGCUUCGGCACGGGCUGCCACGUCAGCCAGCCGCCCCGGCCGUCCUCGGAGGCCGGCUCCAAGGAUGACUCGCAGGGGCUGCUUCAUAGGGAGCCCCCCAGCCGGCGCAUAGGUAGCGGUCGAAUCCUACGAGACCAGCGGGACUGGGAUCGUGAGAACAGAGACCGUGAGUAUGGCUACGGAGGGCGACGAUUCGAUGACUCUGGCCACUCGAGCGGCGGCGGGGGAGGACAUUCCAACCGCUAUGGCGACCGGCGGAGAGGCCGUGACGAACGCAUUGAGGAAGAGGAAGAGCCCGAGUGGUUUGUGGGUGGCCCGACCAGCCAGCACGACACCAUCGAGCUGGUGGGCUUCGAGGAGGACCCCGAGGCUGGGAGCCGGCCCACCCGGGGUCCUUCGUCUUCGUCUGCCCGGCGGAUGCGCCGCAACCGUGAGCUUGCCAACCGCAAGCAGCAGAAUGGCCCUGAGCGCCGCUCUCCCGAUCAGGAGAGCAGCAGCAAACAGGAGCAGCAGCAGCCGAUGGCAGUUACGGCAUCGUCAUCAUCGCAGACUUCCACUUCUGGGACGACCACCACCACCAUGAUUUCGCACUCUGUGCCUGCUGUUGCAGUCUCUGCAGCGCCUACGCUCAAGAGAAGCGACAGCAGAGAUUCAUCGAGCAUGAGUGCAAGUUGCACCACCAAUGUCAGCAAGUCGUCGAGUGACGGGCCUGGAGAGACCUCGACGCCACUGACGACAAGCCCCACUUUGACAGACAGGGUCAGCGCUGCCCCACCAGCCCUGCCCACUCACGAUGGUUUCGAUUUCAAUGACAUCUUCAAGCCUGACUGGUGUCCUCGGUUUCUUUCGGAGGAUGCCCUGGGUGACGGAGAUGUCGGCCUGAGUGGGGGCAGCCGCUUCUCGCAGUGGUUCCGACGCGAGAGCCCACCCCUGGACCAGCCAUUGGUGCCUCCCCUCGACAGUGGUCUGCUGGCCGCCCUCAGCGGGAAGGCCGACGAUGAAGGCAUGGACCACCACCACCACCACCGCCAUCAUCGCCAGUCGUUUCAGCGGCAGGAGAAUGACUUGGCCUCUCGCAUCCUCGCCUCAGCUGGUGUAACCAGCAGUGAUGGCAUGCUGUCCACACCGGACUCGUACUUCACGCCCAUAAGCCCUGCUUUGCCACCAGACCGCAUGUCUCCGUCACCACCUGUCCGUGAUGGCACUUCCAAGAACAUCCUGGACAUCCUCAUGGAUGCCAACAUCAAUGUAGAGGCCCACAUGCUCAACGGUGACGCUGCCAAGACCGCUCGGCUGCGAGAGCACGCCCUGUCUGGCAAGGCCAAAAGUGUGGAAGAACUGGAGGCUGACCUGAAGCAGGUGGUCCUUGGUGGCCACAACAGGUCUGUUCAGCAACAGCAUCACCACCACCACCAUCACCACCACCACGAGCAACUGCAGCAUCAGUCUCAGCAACAACAGUCUCGGCAGCAGCAGCAGCUUCACCAUCCCCUGGGGAUAGUGCCAACUCUCAACCUGCCUCAGCAGCAGGAUCAGCAGCACCUGCAGGGACUGCUGAGCAAGCUUGGGGCACACCCGGGUGCCUCCGGAGGUGCACUGAUGGUACCCCCGUCUCUGCCCGAGAGGGCCCUCCAGGAGGAAGACCUACUACGGGCCGCUGGCCAGGCACCACUGCCGCAACCAAUGCAGCAGCAUCAUGGCGUGGUGCGCGGCAGUGGUGUGGAUGGCGUGCAGCAGCCACCCCCGGGUCUGCUGUCGCAGCUGUUGCGUCCGCCCGCUGCUGCCGCCAAGGGCCCCACCAUCACCCCUCAGCAGCAGCAAGGGGGCCAGGAUGUGCUUGUGAAGAUCUUGGCUGGCAUGGGGCCAGUGUCGCCGGGUCUCCAGCCACCCCCAAUGGCAUCCCACCAGCCCAUGAGCCCCACGGCCCAGUUGCUUGCUGCUCGGCAUGACCCCAUGGCUGCCGCAGCUGCAGCAGCCAUGCUUCGGCAGCAACAGCAGCAGGAGAUGCUGAACAGCCUGCUGAAGCCACCACCACCUGUGGUGACCACCCAGCGGCCGUCGCCCACCCAGCAGUUGGGGCUGCUGGCCCCCUGCCCGUCGCCCCUGCCAGGUGGCCCACAGGACCCACGUCGAGUUCCCUCUCCACUUGUGUUUGGCCAGCACCCGUCGCCCAUUCCUCCUGUGGCAGGACCCACGCCUGGUGCCCCAGUGCAGUCUUCAAACACUCUGCAGGUUCACAGCGGGGGCCUACGGCCGCGUGUGCCGUCCCCGCAAGAGCUGGCGGUGCACACGCAAUCCAUCCUGCAGACGGCACUUCUCAAGAAGAUCCUCGAGGACCAGAAGCAGAAGGAGAACCUGCGCAAGCAGCAGGAGGCUCAGAGGACGCGUUCGCCGACCACGACACAAGGCUUGACUACAAACAGGGGAUCAUCGCCAUCCAAGGGCUUAAGUCCCACCAUGGCUGCAUUCACUCCAACAUCGGUGAUGCGCAAAAUGCACAUGGAGCGCCAAGAGCCAAAAGCCUCUGACAAAGGUGGCCCCAAGGCCAAUGGGGAAACCACAUCCAGUGAUGGCACGUCUCGGCAGCAGCAGCAGCAGCAGCAGCAUCGAAUGAACAAUGGCACAGUGCCUCGGGCCCCCACCAUUGGCAGGGCCAUCAUAAAGGGCAACCAAGCUGCCCAGCCACAGAGUUCGUCUGAUGCUAAAAACCCCAAGCCUAUUCAGCAGCACCCAUCUCAGCAGCAGGCUGCGGGCAGCCUCAUGCGAAGCAGUGGAGAGGUGGACAUGAUGGCCAAGCUAUUCGAGCAGCAGCAGCAGCGCCUUCUCCAGCAGCAAAGGGGGCCUCCUCCACCAGGUGUGCUUGGCCUAGUGAGGCAGCAGCAGCAGGGCCACCCCGCCAUCAAGCUGCCGGGCAUGAUGAGGACUGCGGCGGCCGGCGCCCCGGCGGCUCCCCAGUCUGCUGCCAUGGCUGCGUCCCGAGCCCACCACGCAGCUGGUGGACUGAAAGGUGUGGCUGGUGGCAGCAGUGGCCGUGGGCCAUCCGUUGAGAUGCUGCAGCAGGCCCUGGCCCAGGGUCUCCACCCACUGGCAUUCCAGCAGUUCCUGCUCGGGGGUGCCGCUGCCCCUCCCGCUGUGGGGCCUUCCCCCUUCGCACCCGCUUUGCACCAGUCCCCAGCGCACCCCUUUGUGACCAAUGCCACAGGGCCCCGUGAUGCCAAGGGUGCCAGCAUGGUGCCCGGUGGACUCCCCGGUCGUGUGCCCGCUGUGCCAGCAGCAGCGGCUGCGGCGGCAGCAGCUGCCGCAGCCGGGAUGCCGCCUGCCAAUCUGGCCAAGUGGUUUGGCAGCGACGUGCUGUACCAGCCCACCUUGCCCCCCGUUCCCCACCAGAAGGCCCUGCUUGUCGAGGAGGUGGAGCGACAGCAGCAGCAAGCUACGGCCGUCAAGAACUGAGCAACGAGUGCAUCGCCACCUUUUGCCUGCCAGUUUCUCUCGCCCGGAACCUUUCUGUGCCGGCCUGUCCAACAGCAGCAGCCUGCUCGCAACGUCCUGUGCACUCGUCGUGGCAGACGACACACUUUUCUGCCCAUCGUUCACCCUCUUGGUGGGGGAUGCCUGAAGAUGUUGGGUGCCUCUCUGGCAGGCCUGUCGGGCCCCUUUUGCCAAAGCACCUUCCUCCCUCGCCCCAGUGCACUGUGCGUGACCCGGUGCCACUUAGUAGGCAGAUGCUGCGGAACAUAGGAGGAAGCAGUUUUUCUCCAGUCGUGGUUCUUUUUUCUUUUUCUUUUCCUUUCUGUUCUUGGGGCAACUUGUGUAUGUGUGUUCGACAUGGUUGGGCAAAAGGUGGUUUGAGUGAAGCAGCAGUGUUUCAAGUGUACUAUUUGUGUACCCUUACUGCACUCCAUUCAGGUGCUGUUGAUGACGAUGGUCAGGAAAUGGAAGUACGACUAACAUAAACGCGCCCUGCGUGGUGUGCGAGGAGCUUAUCAUUGCUGUCGUGCGUGGGACACUUUCUCCCAGCUCGUUCUUUAGUUUACGUUGGCUUACAUUGUUCAGCUUGUUUGUGUGCUGCAAACGGCUAGUGUUGCAAAAAAGAAAAGAGAAAAAAACACGGCAUUCAAAGGAACACAUGAAAAAGUGCAUACAGUCUGUAUUACUUCACAACUUUUUGUGGUCUGCAUUUUUUUUUUCUUCUGUGUAGGGAGUGUUUGUGUGCCUCCUGCUUCAUUGGAGAGAGCACCGUAAUUUAAUUCAUUUCUUCUUCUGGGUAUGGAUUCCUUGAAAUUUUUUAAUUUGAGCUUUUUCCUCUGCAGCCAAAGUACAAAGUGAGAAAAAAAAAAAAUCAAAGUGGCUGCAUUUCUUUUUUUCCUUGUCUGUACUCUUCUGUGCACUGUCCCUCGUAUUCGUCUCGUGGGUUCCUCCUCCCGGUGUGUUUGCACGUGCAAGUCUCGUUAUUUCGGGAUCAGCGGUGUGUUGCGACUGCUGCGAAAAAGUCUUUGAGGAAGAGGGAACCUUUGCUCUGGCUGCACGGAUCUGCGCAGUCUGGUGUGUGUGUGUGUGUGCAAACGUGUUCGUGUCUCGUACAGUUUUCGUGUAGGCUCGUAGUCGUGUCCUGUGCCAUUCUGUUGGUGUGUUCUAGUUUCGUGCAUUAGUAGGGAUACUAUAGGAAACAUUGCACCUUGUCUUCUUGUUUGUCCUUUACAUUGUGCGCAUUCAAAGUGCGGUGUCUCGUUCGAAGUGUUUUUCUUUUCCUUGUGCCGGCAAAUUCUGUUCAGCUUUUUUCUACAUGUGAAGUUGUUGAUGUGAUCUGCAUCAUGUUUAUGUAUGCAUUAACAUUUGUUACCGCUUGCUGUGCCCGUAUUUUGUUCGUUAUGUACACGUAUUGGCAGGUUGAUUCUAGUUUGCACACUAGCUCCACGAUGGCUCGUGCUAGUUCCAUACAUUGUGAGAAAUGUCCCAUUUUUCAUCUUCCCAGCUCAUUUGUGCAUCUUUAACUAACUUUUUUUUAUUUGACUAUCUAGGCUACUGCUAUAUCGAGUGGCUACUUGAGAACCUCAAGGGACGCAGGCACUUGUUCACUCAAUGUGGGCUGGAAAAGUCUCAUCGAACGAGGGGGCACAUACACCUCCAGGGUGGCAUUGCUCAAAAUUGAUUAGUGACAAUCUCGCCUGCAUUUUCUUCCCUUUCAAUGCAUGUUACUAGCUUAUGUUGUAGCAUAUUUCUCUGUACUUGAAGGUGCUUUAAGUCAUUUCUUUUCUUACUUUUUUUUUUUUUUUUGUCUUGCAACGGUCUAUACAUUACUCAGGCUGGCACUUUUUUUGGGGGGGGGGGUUGAGCCUGUUUUUGCUUGUCGUGUCGGCUCGUAACUCAUGCUGCAUCUGAAGUACUGCCGCGCCUUGCAUUCGAUCGAUGGCUGUCGCUGCCAAAGCUGCUGCAUUGUUUCCUUCUGUGUGUACUGUCGUUUCCUGCAAAAGGCCACCACUGCACCACCGUGCAUUUUGCCGUUGGCAAUUUAGCACUGGGUGCUGAAGUCAUUUACCGCUGUCGUGCAUGGGCUAUAGGCACUAGUACGGCGCUCCCCCCCCCCCCCCCCUUUUUUUUUCUCACUUGACGUUGCUUUGUUCCAUUGACGUCAAAACAUGCAGCUGGUUCUGCGAAUUCUUUUUUUCUUUUUCAAAUUGUUGUGUGUAAAUGUACGUUCCAUGUUUUCUGUGGUUUCCUUUCUUUUCAGGUCCUUUGUGUGAGAUCGUGACGUCCAUGUUUUGUUCUGAUGGGGAUAAAAAGAGCUUUGAAAAGUGAAAAAAAAAAUGAAAAAAACGAUAGACCUUUCUCAAAAUAAGUGAUAUAAGCUUGUUUCUGAGAAAAAAAGUAAAAAUGAGUCUGUGAUAGUCAUUUCAGCUCUUCAUUCCCUUUAUUCUAUUUUUUUGUUGUUGUGUGCCCUCCCCCCCCCCUCUCUGUAUUUCUUUUCCCCGUCUUGCGUGCCCUGCAAACUUCCUGUGCCUGGAUGUUGUUCUGGUCAUCACUUCACUCUGUCAACUGUUGUCCUUAUCUACUAGAGUGUGUGUGUGCGUGUCUGUGUGUGUAAACAAAUGCGGGUCUCCAGUAGUACAUACUUCUGUUCCAAGAUUUUUCUUCCCCUCAAAGCAGUGGUAACCAUUCUGGUGUCUUGCUUUUUUUUUUUUUUUUUUUUGCAGGUUUAAAUUUGGUGCUCAGUAGUUGUUGGUCGCAGUAGCAUAUAUGCCUGUCCAGUGUGCGUGCUAAAACUGUGCUGUAAAUAGCAGUGUCUCCUGGGUUUUCCAACUUUUCAAAAAAGUUUUUGUUUGUUCAGUCUGCCAUCAAAACAGGUCUGUUGUGCAUUAGGCAUCUCUGUACAUAACCUAGGCGAAUGAAACGCAUUGUGAAUGUCCCCCCUCUGCUGUGUCGCAAAUUGUCGGAGCUUUGUGUAGCACUGUUUCGCUGCCUAAAUGCACUCAAGGUAAAGGGGAGAAAAAAGUCGUUAUUUCUUUCGAUGGCCCGUAGUUGUAGCUGGCAAUGCUUUGUUUCCGUGUCUCCAGUGGGAGUAUUGUGGUGUAUUUUGCAUUAGUCGGUUGGAUUAAUGUUGGUACCGACGUGCGUCGACUGUGUGCGUUUUUUUCUGUAAAUAGUGAGACUGUUUCGUGUGAGCAUGUGUGUUUGUGUGAGUGAGCAACAGUGGGAAAAAUGUUGCGUUGUAACUCAAGAAGAGUUUUAAGAAUUAUAUAAGAGUGAAAUGGUUCUUUGAUCCUGCUAUAUUUUUUCUCUCCUUCCCUUGGAUAUAUAUUGUAGUCACAGCAUCCAUGUUCCAAAUUCUGUGGGAAAAUUUGUUAUAAAGGUACAGGCAUUGUAUAGCCAUUCUAUGGCUUGAAAUGUUAAAAACGUGGCAGCAGCGUCACCCAAGGCUGCAUUUGAAUGGACUGGUUGAAGCAUUUCGAUUUGAAGCAAUUUGGACCCUGCUGCGCUUUUUCCUUCCUCUCUGAAAUAAAUUGUGCCUUUUUAUUGAA